UCGGUGUUGGCUACUCGCAACCCGUUCAUCGGACAAUCUAUCUGCACGAUAUAUUGAGAGAAAAAAUUCUGCGCGAAGAGGAGAGAGAGAGAGAAAGAGAAGGAGAAAGAGGGGGUUCGUGGCACGCUGAGAGAGUUCAAGGUGUUACACAACUUUGCGUCAGGCUGUGUUUCUCUCUGAGAAAUCCUCGACUGACGAAAAAAACAGCAGCAGAUUGAUAGUGAGUGUCGUAGCUUUGACACAAAGCGAAAAAUCAAUCGGUUUAGUGGCGUGACAUAGCGCGAUUACGGAGAUCGAGAAAACUAGACGAAACGAGCGCGCGUCUCGAUUACAUGUAGCUCUAGCUAUCAAGGAAUCACAGAGAUCACGUGGAAAAAGACAUACAAUCGAUCCAGAAAACACUGUUUGCUUCCAGUAACACGCACGGUUAUUUGUUUACCACGACUCACCUGAACGUUUUCUGAACGUGUUUAACGCCUUCGAACCGAUUGAUUGGCGGCAAAAAAUGUUGACAGGACACGUUUGUUUCGUUAACGCAUUCCAGAAUUAAAUUCUUGCCAGAAGAUAACCGUGUGCGUGUGUAAAGUCUAAAGUGGCCGUUCGCGAUCUCGUUCAACGUGGUUCGGUGACCGAUCGCGUGUGCGCGCGCGCACACUCUCUUCGGUCCGAAGAAAGAACAAGAAGCAGUGGUGGAGUAGGGCAGAAGAAAAGGAAGAAGGACGCCAAAGGAGAAGGAGAACCGGGAGAAAAGGAAAAGAGGGAGGCACGCCGCGUGGACACAGCCGUACGAUCGUGUGUCUGUUUCGUUUCGUUUUACCGCUUUUCGAGUCUGAGCUGGUAGAUGAAGACUCGGGAAAGUUUCAGUUAAUAUCCGAUUUUUCCGAUACGUGUUUCUCUUGUUUUUUUCUCUUUUGUUUUUUUUUCGUUCGUGAACGAUUUUACCACGUGGGAAUAAUCGUGCAAAGGAAAAGAAAACAUACGAGGAUUGUAAACAACCUAACGCAUCGUUUGAUUAAAGAAAACAAUCAUGUAUAAACUACUAGGAGGUCUUGGACAAUACUUGAAAUGGCAGGAAAUCACAACAGAUUCUAUGGUGUUUCGGUUACACAACCACUUUACAACGGUGCUACUUUUCACGUGUUCGAUGGUAAUCACGGCCACCCAAUACGUAGGCAAUCCGAUCUCCUGCAUCGUUCAGGGUUUACCCACGCACCCUAUCAACACUUAUUGCUGGAUAACUUCUACAUUUACUAUGCCGGACGCAUUUAAUCGGCAGGUUGGUCUAGAGGUGGCGCAUCCAGGAGUAGCGAACGACUUCGGCGAUGUAGAUGCGAGGAAAUAUUAUACUUAUUACCAAUGGGUGUGCUUUGUGUUAUUCUUCCAGGCAGUACUAUGCUACGUUCCACAAUGGUUGUGGAAUAUGUGGGAGGGCGGUUUGAUCAACGCACUGGUUAUGGGUAUGAAUCACGGUCUCGAUCACGAAGAUAAUAUUCAAAGAAAGAAAUCUACGCUUAUGGUUUAUUUAAUGCAAUAUAGAAAGACACACAACACGUAUGUGUACCGGUAUUUCGCCUGCGAGGCCCUCUGUCUUGUCAAUAUUUUCCUUCAACUGUACCUGAUGAAUCGGUUUUUCGACGGCGAAUUCCUCAGCUAUGGACUGCGAGUUUUACAAUUAUCCGAUGUCCCACAAGAAGAACGUGUAGAUCCUAUGGUCUACGUCUUUCCACGCGUUACCAAAUGCAUUUUCCACAAGUAUGGUGCAUCAGGAACCAUACAGAAGCACGACUCUCUAUGUAUUCUACCGUUGAACAUCGUCAACGAAAAAACGUAUAUUUUCAUCUGGUUCUGGUAUACUAUUCUAUCGAUUUUGUUGAUCGGCUUGAUGGUCUACAGAGCCGCCAUAAUCUUCGCCCCAGCCGUCAGACCAAGAUUGCUUCAUCUGUCAUCACGACUUCUCUCCAUAGAAACCUGCAACAGUAUCAGCAAGAAGAUUGACCUUGGCGAUUGGUGGCUUCUCUACAUUCUCUCUUCUAACAUGGACUCGUUGAUUUACAGGGAUUUCUUGCAAGAGCUUACUAAAAAAAUGAGCGAUUCACAUUCAGUCGUUGCCUAGAUUACAUUUUGCUAUUUUACAAUUUAAAAUUAAAAGACAUGGAUUGAAAGGUAAUAGAAUUAUGGACUGAUUCGUUGAUUGGUCAAUAGGCAGAUUUUAUAUUUUCUGCUGAGAGAUUAUUUUACUUUAGAAAAUUAAAGAAAGUUAAGUCGUUGAAAGAAAAUAUAUAUGUAAAUCUGCGCAUUUAUAUAAAUGAAGCGAGAAUUCAUAAAGAGAUAUUUUCCUAACUUAGCGCUUAAAGAACGAAACAAUUGCUAUAUACGACUGACGUAGAAAAUGCGAUGAAGACAUUCCUAAUGCCGCAUUAAAGUGACCACUUUAGGAUCUCUGUGUGUGUGCUUGUGCGUGCGUAUUUGUGUGUGCGUAUGUAUAUGUGGAUAUGGUAGCUGCGUGUUAUGUAUACUCACGCGUGUAUCAUCAUUGUUUUUCAACGAUUAGGUCUCGAGAGAAUCGUUCUGUAUCUUUUCAUUUAGUGUUCGUUUUCCAAAGCAAGCAAAGCUAUUUUAUUUCUUCGAGUAUUGCUCAAAGAAAAUCGUUUCAGUAGGAUUAGAAAAAUUUCUUGAUCGUGAGGAUCUUAACGUGCAAGGAUAUAUAUUUUACUGUACAACAUCUUUUUGCUAUGAGAUCAUACUGGUUUUUUUAAUUAAUCUCCGUGGUUAUGACAACACGUAUAUUGUGUCUUACGAAAGACGCUAUUAUGAUACAUUCCUGUAUAGUGUAUACAAAUUAAUUCAUUAAUUUUUUUUUUCUUCUUUAAUAUAAAGAAAAGAUAUAUAUUUUUUUUUUUUUUUUUUUAGUACAUAUACCGAAUUUUUAAACAUAUAUUUUAUGUUAAAAUACUUUAGGGAUAAUCUUUUUACGUGAUCAAGUAAUUACAAUACCAAUUAAAAUUAUAUGUAAUAGCUUGAAUGUAAGAAUUUUGGUAUGGCUAAAAUGAAUAUUUUAUUUGGUGGAUUUUCUACAUAUAGUUGUAUUUUAAUAGCGUUUAAAGUAUACAGUAUCUUUUUAAUUAAUAAAAAGAAUACUGAAAAAUCUUUAAAUAAUUGUUAUUAUAAAGUUGUUAAUUAAUUCUGUCCAUUUUCGUGAAAAAAUGGAAAAAAAUGCAUGUUGCAUUUGUAAACAUUCUAUAUAUUGAUCGACUAUUUACCCAUUUGUGUUCCAUCGGCAAGGAAACAUUGUCGAAGACUUCUAUUAAACGUUUUUUCCAACA